AUGGAGGAUAGGGUAGAAAGGUCUCAGUCGGUAACUUCGUCUUUUAUUGGACGGUUAGGCUUUAAGAGUAACAAUAAUUUAAUUGCAAAAAAAGAACUGCCCAUAAGCAUUUUGAAAUUGCUGACAAAUAAAAAUUUUGAAAAACAAAAGGAAGGGAAUAAUGAAUUGCAAAUGUUUUUGAGGCAUCAGAUUGAGAGUGGGAAUGUGAAUGCUAUACAAAAUAUUAUUGAGCUAUUUAAACAAGAAUUUGUAAAUAACUCACAAGACCAUUAUAGAAAUGUAGGCUUAUUUGCGUAUUCUGCAAUUGCGACAUCGCCAAUGUCAUCUCAAGAAAUUGAGCUGGUUUUUCCUGAUUUAAUUGAGCAGGCGUUAAACUGCUUUGGAGAUCAAGUUCCGAAAGUCAGAUAUCAUGCGGUUGAAGUGCUCUAUAAUAUUGCAAAAGCUUGUAAAGAGCAAGUGAUCCAGCAUCUUUCUGUCAUUAUGAAAUGCUUAACUUAUUUAUACUCAGACCGAAAUAAUGAAGUAAAAUCUGCUGCUGAAAAGCUUGACUGCUUAUUGAAACUAUAUUUAGUUGACACUGGAGCUGACCAAGAGAUUUUUGAUUCGGUUGAAUUUUUAGAAACUAUUCAAGAAGUCAUCAACCAAACCACACACCCAGAUGUACAAAAAUUUAUUAUUUCUUGACUGAUAAUUUUGAACUCAAUCCCAAGCUUUAAUUUACUUGACUAUUUAAAUUAUUUUUUUGAAGGACUAUUUUUAAUGCUUGAAAGCUCAAAAAUUGAAGUCCAGCACGCUGCUUAUUGACUACUAGCUUCCACCUUUUCCGUGUGCAACAAAAAUUAGAAAAAAAUCCCUAUAUUUUUGGGUAAAAAUAAUUAAUUCUGUUUGAACAAAUUGAUUUGCAGCUUAAAUUUUACAAAUUAAAUAAAUAUUUGCUUUCCAAUUUGAUUUUUUUUAAAUUUUGAAAGAAAAAUUACAAAUGCCUUACCUAUAAAUAUUUAAAAAAAAAAUUAAAUCCCUCUGUGAGCGAACAAAAUUUAUUUUAUUCGCUCAUAGAAGGGAGUAAGGGAAUUGCUAGAAAAUAUCAAAGAAAGAAUAGAAAGCGACAAAAUGAAUUUUGUAUAUGUCAUAGAAACCUUAAUAAAAUUGAUAAACAGGCAUAACACAUAUGUAAAAUCUGAGGUAACAACUUGGAUAAAUGAGCUUGUAAAUACUGCAAAUUUUAUGAUAUCGUCCCAAUUUCCGAAUAUUUUAAAAGUUGUGCUUCUCACACUGUCGGACAGUGAGAAAUAUAUUGUAGAGCUCUCAGAGGCAACAAAUAAAAAGCUAUUAGAACUAUCCCUAGGGUUUGAAAACAUGCAUUGGGAUAAAUUUGAUUUUUCUUCUUUAGUAGCUAUUUUGGUGCCUUUUCUUAAAAAUUCUUCAAAAAAAACCAGCAUGGCUGUGCUGGAUUGGAUUUUGACCUUAGAGCAUUUAAACCCAAAGUCCUUGGAGAGCACUUUGCUUAUUAUCUUGAACACAUUGACUUAUAGACUUGUAGACCCAGAUUACUCGAUUGUCAGCCAAAUUAUUUGUGUUUUUGGCAAAAUUGCUGGAUAUCCUGGAUAUUUCGAAAAAGUGAUUGAGUCUGUCUUAAACCUCUUUAAAGAGGCUCCUUUAUUAUUAGAAAAUUCCGGAUUUUUUAUAAUUAAGCACUUAUGCUUGCAUUUAGGAACCGAAAAAGUUUAUCAGUGUUUCGCAGAAACUCUUAGAAUAGAUAAGGAGCGCGAAUUCAGUAAAAAAUUGAUUGAAACUUUGACCGAUUUAUUACUAAUUGAGCCAUCUUUUGAAAGCCAGAGAGAUAGGCUGCGAUACUGCUUAUGCAACCAAGAUACAUCUUGCAUAGAAUUUGUUGAGUCUUUAUUUAAAGCUUGAAGCAUAAAUCCUGGGUCAACCUUAAUUCUGUUAUAUUUAAUUCAGGGCUAUGAGCUUGCAUAUGAUUUAUUUGGAAUUUUAUCGAAAUGCAGAGUAACGCUUUCAUUGCUUACUCAGUUAGCAAAACUUGUAAAAGUGCUGGAUUCGCCGCUUUUUGUACAUCUUAGGAUCCAGAUGCUGGAAUAUCAAAAAUACCCAUUUUUAUUGAAAUCUUUGUAUGCGCUUUUAAUGUUUUUGCCUCAAUCUGAUGCACAUGAAACCUUAAGGAAAAGGCUAAAACAGGUUUCUGCUCUGCAUAAUUGUAUUAUUGUGUUUGCAACAGAAAAUUCUACGAAAACUCAUUUGUUAAAACAUAUUGAGCUUAAAAAUUAUUUUUCACAGCUAAACCCAACACCUUUAUAGCUGAUACCCCUUUAUAGAUUUCUUUAUCGAGCAAAAUGUACUGGAUUAUUGAACGACCAAGAGAGACUCUAUUAAAGGAACGGGCUGGAUAUCUAUAUCAGGAAGUGCUAAAAAGUGACAUGUCAAAAAAUGGUGACAAGUCUGAAAAAAGUUGACAAGUAAACGCGCCCAAUUUUUAAAAUGGAUUUAUUAUUAAAAUAAUUUAAAAUAUAGAUAUUUUAAUUUUAAUCAAUAUUUAAUUAGGCCAAGUACACAUCAUAUGAGUCGAUAAGAACUUUGCAUAUAUUUAAAAUCACAAGUCACGCACUUUGCAAAUUGUAGCUCUAGUCUUCAUAAAUAAAUUACAUAAAUUAAAAAAAUUCUAUCGAGCCGGAAAAAUGCACAUUGAGUUGCAAGUUUUUGAUUUUCACUUAUAAGCCAUAUUUAAAUUUUUGCUAAGUGCUUCUCAUCUUAGUCGAUAAGAACUUCUUAUAUAUUGAUAAUCACAAGCCAUGCACUUAGCAAAUUAUAGCUCUCAUCUUCAUAAAUAAAUUAGCAUAAAAUAAAGAAAUUCUAUCGAGCCGGAAAAAUGCACAUUGAGUUGCAAGUUUUUGAUUUUCACUUAUAAGCCAUAUUGAUUUCUGCUAAUUACUUCUCAUAUGAGUCGAUAGAACUUCUUAUAUAUUGAGAUACACAAGCCACGCACUUUGCAAAUUAUAGCUCUAGUCUUCAUAAAUAAAUUAGCAUAAAAUAAAGAAAUUCUAUCGAGCCGGAAAAAUGAACAUUGAGUUGCAAGUUUUUGAUUUUCACAGCUAUUAUUAAAUUUAAAUAUAUAUAAAUCAAAAUAUUUAAAGCCAAUAUAUAAUGUGUAAUUAUAUCUUCUGUCUAAUUGAGUAUCUUAAGUUUUAAAUUAUUUUAAUAAUAAAUCAAUUUUUAAAAAUUGGCGCGUUUACUUGCCAACUUUUUUCAGACUUGUCGCCAUUUUUUGACAUGUCACUUUUUAGCACUUCCUGAUAUAGAUAUCCAGCCCGUUCCUUUAAUAGAGUCUCUCUUGGUCAUUCAAUAAUCCAGUACAUUUCGCUCGAUAAAGAAAUCUAUAAAGGGAUAUAAGCUAUAUCGAUUUCACAGCAAAGUUAA